AUGGGGGCCGACGAAGCGAAGAAAGCUGACGGCCAUGUAGACACGGACAUUGAAAUGGAAGGCGAUAGCUCGAGCGACAAGAACGCCGCAACCCCUGAAACCAGAGACGCUUGCUGGAGACAGAUCAAUCCAGCACAAAGACGGACGCAGUGGCCACUUUGGAUGAGGCAAAACCUGUUGCGUACAAGGCAAGCAAACCCAUCCCGGUCCAGCUACAACAAAAGCGCGCAUGCGCCAACACUGAGGCUGAACUGCAAGAGGUUGCGCCCCGGAACCAAGGCGAUGGGAGGUCACUUCACAAAAGAGACGCUGCUACCCAUGAGCAGCAUCGGCGCGUACGCCGCGGAGCCGAAAGCGCUAAAGCAACAAUCUCUUUUUGACGCUUUUGCCGGUGAACGGGACGCACCGCAUCAACCUUCUGAAGAUGAGGUGAAAAAGGGGACGGAUCUAGAGAAGACGGAGAUGGAUAGUGGGCCGACACCUUCGGUCCUCAUGGAAACGCAAGAUGAAGAUGAAGACGUGGAAUGCGUGGGUGAAAAUCUAACCGAGACAAAACGCGAUCUCCAGGUAUGGCUCAACGCGAUUGGGGGGAAGAUCACGGACGUAGAAGCUAAUGGGCAGUGUGGGUGGCUAGCGAUCUAUGCGGCGGCGCACAAUGUUGAAAAUGACGUGCUCGAUAUGACGCCAAAAACCAUAUAG